AUGUCUGAUUUAGUGGCUCAAUGGCAAGUUGGUCUGAGUGAUGGCCUUCAUAAAGUAGAGUUUGAACAUGGUACGACCACUGGUAAACGUAUUAUUAGGGUGGACGGAGAGGAAAUUUUACGACAAGACUGGUUGUUUAAAUUGGUAGGAAAAGAACAUUUUAACAUUGGAAAAGCCAAGUUAGUGAUAUCUAUAGACGCUGUGACUGGUUUUGCCUAUGAAUAUACGCUAGAGGUGAAUGGCAAACCUCUCGAGAAAUUUAAAGAAAAUCAGAGUAAGAUUAUGAAGUCCUGGGUUUUAACGAUUUCUGGCAAUCCUAUUAGAGUUGUUUUAGAAAAAGACACAUUAGAUGUUUGGGUGAAUGGAGAUAAAAUGGAAACUGCGGGCGAGUUUGUGGACGAUGGAACAGAAACCCACUUCCAGAUUUGUUCUCAUCCUGCCUAUAUCAAAGCUUGUAGUAGUGGAAAACGGAAAACUGGUAUAGUGCAUACUUUAAUUGUUGAUGAUAAUGAAAUUCCUAUAGCCAAAGAAUAA